AUGGCGAACUUCACUACAAUAACAGGAUUCAUCCUUACAGGAUUUUCAGACAUUCAGGAGCUACAGACUUUAUAUGGAGUGUUCUUCCUGGUAAUCUACCUAGCAAUCCUCAUGAGUAACUUCCUCAUCAUCACCCUCAUCUCCCUGGAUGUGAAGCUCCAAACACCUAUGUACUUCUUCUUGAAGAAUUUGUCCUUGUUUGAUGUCUUGCUUGUGUCUGUCCCAAUCCCAAAUUUCUGUGUCAAUAGUCUAACUCACAACAGUUACACCUCUGUUCUGGGUUGUGCCUUCCAGAUACUUUUCAUGACUUCUUUUUCAGCAGGCGAGAUUCUUGUCCUGACUGCCAUGUCCUAUGACCGCUAUGUGGCCAUCUGUUGUCCCCUGCACUAUGAGGUCAUAAUGAGCAGUGGAACCUGUCUAUUGAUGUUGGUUGUUUCUUGGAUCACCGGGGUACUUUUUGGAACUGUAUACACAGCAGGCACAUUUUCCAUGCAUUUCUGUGGUUCCAAAGUGAUCCCACAGUUUUUCUGUGAUGUCCCCUCAUUACUAAAGAUUUCCUGCUCUGAAACACUUGGUAUAAUUUAUACAAGUCUUGGAAUUGGUAUGUGUCUUUGCAUGUCUUGUUUUAUCAGUGUGGUCAUUUCUUUCUUUUACAUUUUCUCUACCGUAUUGAAGAUUCCUACCACAAAAGGUCAGUCCAAAGCAUUUGCCACAUGCAUCCCCCACCUCACU